GGGCGGGACCGCGGCGCCGCGCGCUCCCGGAACGCGCGCACCGCAGGCGGCGCGGAUCGCAGGGAGCCGGUCCGCCGCCCGAACCGGAGCCCGGGCGUCCGUGCGUGAGGAGACGGGGCUGGUGGGAGACGGUCGCGAUGAACACGGUUCUGUCGCGGGCGAACUCGCUGUUCGCCUUCUCGCUGAGCGUGAUGGCGGCGCUCACCUUCGGCUGCUUCAUCACCACCGCCUUCAAAGACAGGAGCGUCCCGGUGCGGCUGCACGUCUCGCGGAUCAUGCUAAAAAAUGUAGAAGACUUCACUGGACCUAGAGAAAGAAGUGAUCUGGGAUUCAUUACAUUUGAUAUAACUGCGGAUCUGGAGAAUAUAUUUGAUUGGAAUGUUAAGCAGUUGUUUCUUUAUUUAUCAGCAGAAUAUUCAACAAAAAAUAAUGCUCUGAACCAAGUUGUCCUGUGGGACAAGAUUGUUCUGAGAGGUGAUAAUCCGAAGCUGCUGCUGAAAGAUAUGAAAACAAAAUAUUUUUUCUUUGAUGAUGGAAAUGGUCUCAAGGGAAACAGGAAUGUCACUUUGACCCUGUCUUGGAACGUUGUACCAAAUGCUGGAAUUCUACCUCUUGUGACAGGAUCAGGACAUGUAUCUGUCCCAUUUCCAGAUACAUAUGAAAUAACGAAGAGUUAUUAAAUUAUUCUGAAUUUGAAACAACAUAUUUUUAUACUUAAUGAAUUGUAUCUCAUUUAUUUCUUCCUUUAUAUUUUCUUUUGUUUUUUGUUUUUGGUAUGAGAACUAACGUAAAAACACAUAUUUGAAGGGAAAAGUUAGGCUACUUAAACUUACUUUUACAAAUAAAACGAAAAAACAAGGCCACCAGAAUGGAGUAUUAUGAGAAUAAGAACUACAUAAAAAGGAUUUGUAAAAAAUAUAUAUUUGAAGUAUUCCCUGUAUUAUUUCCACUAUUCUCUAUGGGAUAUAAUGUAAGCAUGAAGGGUAGUUAAAACUUUAAGGUGCCUGUAGAGUCAUAAGAACUCUGUAUUUUAUGCCUUGCAUUCAUGCAAGUUCCCAUUGGAUGUGAUUUAGAGGUAGACAUUCUCUUUUAACUCUUUUUUUCGGGUAUGUUUGAUUACUAGAAAAAUUAAUAUGGCUAUUUGUUAGAAGCUUGGUUUACCAAAAAAACCAAAAGUGAUGGAAUUUUAUUCCAUUUAUCUUAGGAAUGCCCAUAACGCUUGUUUUUCUUACAGGUGACUAGUAACUUCCUCCACUUAAAGACUAAAUACCUCUUUAUAUGCUGUAAAUCAUACUAACUCAUUUUAAAGUCUCUUAAGUCAACCAAAUGUGUGUGUCUUUCAGUGCUUUCUCUCUAAAAACAUUCCUUUAUAUUAUAUCUUUGUAUGAUUUUGUAGCAUUGCCAUUGAAAGUUGGAAAUGUUUGCAUGGUUUACCCUCUAAGUUCUAGUGAGCAUGCCUAGUGCCACUAAGUGGUGAUUAUUUACAAUUUUUUAUAGAUCCACAUUUUAAUAAUUACUGAGGUAGUAAUAUUUGUGGUGUGCUUUUCCAUUUACAAAGCACUCUUAUAUUUUAUUGUAUGCUGUCCUCAGUAAUCUAAUGAGGUAAGCAUAAUAAGUGUUAGCUCUUUGCAGAUGAAGAAACUGAAACCCAGAAAUUUCUUGAAUUGCUCCAAGGUUACAAGCUAGUAAGGAAUGGAGUUAAAACUUGAACUCAGAUCUUCUGAUUCUCUAAGCUUAUCCUUUUUCUUAUACCUCAGAUUAUAGACUAAUCAAAUUUCUCUUAUAAUUUUCAUAUUUUUUAUUAUCCUGGACACCCUUUCUUUCAUUCCUAUAAGAGGUUUCCCAUUGUGUAUGGAAGUGACUAAUUUUCAAGCUGCCAACAACUUAUGUAGAGGUAAUAUUUCAUUCUCUGCAUAAGUUAAUUUAGCUUAUGUUAAAAGUAUGAGAAAAUCUAAAUGUAUGUAAAAAUAAUUUAGAGAUUCAAUACACAAUAUGUGAUUGAAUAUAUGAUCAUAUUUAACAUUUUUUUUUCUGCAGUGAACAAAUAAACAUCCUUAAAAGUAGCAACUGCAAGUCAAUUACCCUUUGAAGCAAGACCAAACACUGUAGUUACACAAUCAACAGUAACCAAAAAGGGCUAAUAUUUUCUAAGAAUAGUUUAAGUUAAUAACUAACAUUUCUUAUAUUUAACUUAUAUGAAAUAUGUCACUAUUUAAUUACAUUCGUUUUAACAGCUCCUGUAUGUAGUUGUGCGGUACAUGUCACAGCAUGUGAGUAUGAGUUUUUCGAACCAGCAGAAAGGUCAGAGGUAUAGUAUUAUGAAUACUAGACUGGGUUUGGGUCCCAGCUUUUUCAUUAAACUUUUAAGGUUCUUGGUUUCUUUAUCUGUAAAAUGACAGGGUUCACUUAAAUAGUGGUUGUUUUACACCACACAUCUAUAAAGUUUAUCUGUUCAGCAAUGAGAUUGAACAGAAAAGCACCUUAGUAAUGUGAAGACAGGAAUAUGAUUCAAAGACUAGCACAUACUGAUCUGAUUUUAUUUUGUUAGAUUUUAUACCCAGAAAAUUUAAUUUUAUUUACUUUGUACAAAUACUAGACAUGAAAGCUUAAAAUCUCCAGGUGUGAAAGCUUAAAAAUUAGGUAUGUUCUCAUUAAGGAAGGCAUGUACAGUAAGCCUGCUGUGUUAACCAGACCCAAUUACCAGUUUAAGUUCACUAUACUUCUGUGACUAAUGGAUCUGUUAGUCUGGUAGAGAUUAAUGUUGAAAUUUACUUGAGUUACAGUAUGUUUGAAAAGCCCACUUUUUUGUUUGAGGAGGAAGAGAAGUAGAAAGGCCCAAUUAGCACAAUGUGCAUAAAGUUUUUUGUUUUUACUCAACUAAGGGAAACUGCUCAGGAGAAAAAUGCUCCAACAUGAGAAUAAGGAACCUCUGUCUCGUGAACUCAUUUUUGAGUGUGCACAGUAGUAUUAGUUUACCAUAAUUCUACAUUAUAAAAAAUUGACUCAUGUUUAAUUUUAUAACCAUAUCAUCUACUUUAUUCUCAAUGGUUUGAAGAAGUCUUCUGAAGUCUCUACAAAGAUAAAAGGCUUCAGACUUAUAAAAAACUAAGUAUGAUUAGAAAAGUCUGUGCUAGAAAUGAUUCUGAGAAAAGAGAAUAAUCACAAGACAAUUAUGGUUAGAAAUGAAUUUUGAAAGGUAGUGCUCACAUGUACUUUUCUCUGAUAGUUUAACUUAGACAAACAUGUAUAUCAGUGUUUUUUAUUUCCCUAACGAUUACAUUUGAUUUGUUUUUGCUGAAAGGAAAAUCACAAAAAACUUCAGAAAUUCCUAAGAAUGUAAUAGGAAAGUGGCUAUUUUGAAUGUCUUUUCCUGAAAUUAUUGUGUAGUUCUUUGGUGGGUCUGGUCAGCCAAUUAAUAGCUGGGUUUUAAGGUGACAAUGAACAUUUUUCAUUAUUGUUUUCUAUCUAAAGCUUAGAGAUAAUGAAGCUUUAGGUUUUUGGGGUAUACGUCAAUGGAGGUGUUACUUUAUAAUACUUUGUAUUGACAUGCAGUGGGUUUAUGGGGGAAAAAACUCAUAAACUGUGAACUUUGGUAGUAAACAAAUACAUAUCCAUUUCAAAAGCUUUCCUUGCUUUCAGCAGAGAGCCUGUGUACAUCAUAUGUGACUACCAGUAGUUGAAAAAGAUCUGUUUCAAAAAUUUGUUGCAUAUUUUUGAUGCAACUUGGGAAAUCGUUUACUUCACAAAUACACAUUCAUAAGAAAAAUUCAUGAAAAUACUGAAUAUAUGUUGGAGGAUUUUCUUAAUUGCAAUAAAUAUUCAGCAUUUUUUCUAAUGAAAAUGAAUUUUGUUUACGAGUGAAAGUAUGCGUUUUAAAAGACUUUCAGAUUUAUGCUUUUUAUGUGAAGCUGCUGAACUUAAAGUAAGUGGAAGAAACAGUCUAGUAAACUUGAGGGUUUGUUUUUUUUUUUGCUAGGGGGGAGGUUAAUUACACCUAAAAUGUCUUCUUCAGAGACUAUAUGCUCCUGUACUACUAGACUGUAAGCUCUUUGAGGGCAGUCUUGUUAGAUUUAUCUUUGUAUCUUCCCCAGUGCCUAGCGUAGUGACUUGCACAUAAUAGGCGCCCAAUAAAUAUUGAUGAAUGAA